AUGGAACUUUGGGAAAGUGAUGAAUGUAUUAAAAAGUCAGAGAUAAAUUCAAACAACCGUUAUGGUGGUCAUGACAUAGCUGCUGGGACACACACAGGUGACUCUAUCACAGUUGGAGAGCUCCAGAAGAAACUUGCUAUUACACUAGGUCGAGAUCCAACUCCAAGUGAGUUACAUUUGCACGUCCAUACAUAUAAUCAUGAUGGUAAAUCUUUUGUUGCCGAGUGUUCCCGACUUCUCCAUGAAAUGACUGAAUUUGAAAUUGAUCAAUUGGAAUCAUAUUGUGAAGCUGUGGGAGAAGUAAAGAAGAAAAGAUUAUUUGGUCUCGGAUCUGAAGAUGAAAGUUACUUUGGGAAAAAUCUUUGUGCCUGUGUACCACCUUCGGUUUCUUUACCAACAACAAAUUUGGAGGAAUUUGUGAAGCAAUUCAUUCCGGCACUUACUACUUACUUUCUUCCGGUAGUUAUUGAGCGUGUUGGUGGUAUUAGAGUACAAGAAGGGGACGUACUUGAUCCUCCUCCUACUAAGGAUGAUGACAUUGAUUCGUAG